UGUCCACUCAACCGGGUUUCCGGGUCUCAAUUUUCACCCUCCGAAUCCAAGACGCAAAAUCCUUCUAUCUGGCAGUGGCUUGCGUUUGAUCGGCCAUUGUUGAACGCUCUCUACGAUCAAUUAGGUAUUUUGAUUCUUCUUUGUCAAUAGUUUACCUGAAUUGGCGACGUUACUGCAGUAAAUUUGCAUAAAAAGAAGCAGUUUUUGAUGAAUUAAAGUGGUUUAAUCACCUCCUCCAAACAGCUGGAGCUUUGGGCGAACCGCAAGUUUACUGUUUCUGAAGCCAUUGUUCAAUUGUUAGUUUCAUAAUAACCAUUGAAUUUCAUAUAGACCUCAGGCUGUUGUGGAGGAGCCUCUUAGAGGAAGAGGCAAAUAUUUGUCAUUUUUAUGAUACAGUUGAGUUGUUAAUUCAAAUGUUUGUCAGUAUUCUCUCGGUAUAAACUAUUUCAAAUAUUGUGCUGAAGAUGUCUUUGAGCUCAACUGCAUUAUCUACUGAUGUUAAGGAGUCCAAUCAGGAGAAUUUGUUCAUGGUACGCGGCAACCUAUCCAACGAUGGAAGUCCUCGAGAACAAGAGGCUGAUGAAGAAAAGAGUGAACACCUUCAUGGUGAUUGUGACAGGGGUGACAAUGAGAAUGCGUAUGAUGAAGAUGAGGAAGAGGAUAUGGAUUUUAAUCCCUUGUUAAAAGAAACUGCCUCUCUAGAUGCUUCUUCAAGCUUGAGCUCAGAAAUCGAAGGUCUGGAUGCUGAUGCCGUUGACAGUGGGCAGAACAUUGAUGAAUCGUUGAGAGUUUGUUGCGAAGAAAGAUUGCCAGAUUUUUCACAGGAUUGUCUCAUUGGUGACAAAGAACUUGGUGAGGAGAUUGUGAUGCGAAAUAGAGCUUCUUCUGCGGCUUGUCCAGAAGACUUGAGGAAAAUUUCGCCUUCUGAACCUAAGGAGAGAGAUUCCACUCUAGAUACCGAACCUGAAAGUGGAAUUUCAAAUAGCAAGAAGACUGUGUUGAAUGGAGGGGGUGAUCACUUUGAGGAUCUUUCAGUUGGAGGGUGUAAUAAUAUAGCAAAUUCAGGUAGAUCCAUCAUAGAUAUGGAUAAUGAGGAUGCUAUAUGUAAGCGUACUAGAGCACGCUACUCACUUGCUAGCUUUACACUUGAUGAACUUGAGACAUUUCUUCAGGAGACUGAUGACGAGGAUGAUCUUCAGAAUGUCAACGAUGAAGAAGAGUACAGGAAGUUUCUUGCAGCUGUUUUACAUGGUGGAGAUGGAAAUUCUGGAAAUAUACAAGAUAAUGAAAAUGUUGAUGAUGAAGAUGAAGACAAUGAUGCAGAUUUUGAGCUUGAAAUUGAGGAGGCAUUGGAGAGUGACCUUGAUGAACAUCUGAAGGAUGAUAUUGAAGAGUACGAGGCUGUUGGUCGAAGACCUAAGACUAGGCAAACCAGGCGCCAAAGAUCUUCUCUUGAGAACAAGAAUAAGAUUUUAGGAUUGUCAGAUAGGCCACUACGCCCUUUGUUACCAUAUCUUCCCAGUUCUCCUUAUUCCGUACAUGGUGCAAAAGGCAUGAUGCCUCCAUCCAGUCUGCUGCCUGCAAAUGAUGGCUUUGUGAAUGGAUUUACACCCCAUCAGAUAGGACAAUUACAUUGUUUGAUACAUGAGCAUGUUCAACUUCUUAUUCAGGUUUUUGCUGUUUGUGUUCUUGAGCCGGCCAAACGGCACAUUGCUUCUAAUGUUGGGGAAUUGAUUUCUCAAAUGCUUCGUAAACGUGAUGAAGUAUUAGCAAAUAGGAGUGUUCCCUAUCCCAGUUUUUGCUUCUUCUCCCCGUAUGUUUGUCCUUCGGUAUCUGAUGAACCUUUGCAUAUUUCACCUUUCCAAAUUACCAACAAAAUUUCUUCAGCACAUGAUUUGCAGCGAGGCUUUACAAAUAAUCAGGUGGGAUGCCCUUUAGGCUCCUGGGUACCUCAUAUAAAUGGUCCAAUACUAUCUGUUCUUGAUGUGGCUCCGAUCAAAUUAGUCAAAGACUUCAUGGAUGACGUUUCUCAUGCUGUGCAAGAUUACCAAUGUCGGCAAGUAGGAGGUUUGAAUGACAGCUGCUCGGAGAAGAAACCCUUGUUUCCUGUGCAAAAUAUUCAUUUUACUGCCGAACCUGAUGGUCGGGCUUCCUUAUAUUCAAACUCUGUACCUCCUUCUUCAUCAAUUUCUCAAAAAUCAAAGAAGACUCUGGCUGCUGUAUUAGUAGAAAAAGCUAAACAACAGGCUGUUGCUUCUGUUCCAAAUGAGAUUGCUAAGUUAGCUCAGCGCUUCUAUCCUUUGUUUAAUCCUGCUCUGUAUCCUCAUAAGCCACCCCCUGCAAUGGUAGCAAACCGGGUGCUUUUUACUGAUGCAGAGGAUGAACUAUUAGCAUUGGGUUUGAUGGAGUAUAAUACAGAUUGGAAAGCAAUUCAGCAGCGGUAUCUUCCUUGCAAAUCUAAGCAUCAGAUUUUUGUCCGACAGAAGAAUCGCUCAUCAUCUAAAGCACCUGAUAAUCCAAUAAAGGCUGUUCGAAGGAUGAAAAACUCUCCCUUGACAGCAGAAGAGGUUGCACGUAUUGAAGAGGGCCUGAAGGUGUUCAAGCUUGAUUGGAUGUCCGUGUGGAAGUUUAUUGUUCCUUAUAGAGAUCCUUCCUUGUUACCCCGGCAAUGGCGCACAGCUAUUGGAACACAGAAAUCAUACAUAUCUGAUGCUAGUAAGAAGGCAAAACGUCGGUUGUAUGAAUCAGAGAGAAAAAAACUAAAAUCUGGUGCUUCAGAAACUUGGCAUAUUUCUUCCAGAAAGAAGGAUGAUGUUGCUGACAGCGCCAUCGAAGGAAAUUGUGGUGCAGAUAAUUGUACAGACAGAAAUGAGGAAGCUUAUGUUCAUGAGGCCUUUUUGGCAGAUUGGAGGCCUUCUGUAUCCAGCAUCCAGGUGAAUCAUUCUAUGUCAAACCUGGCAGAGAAAAUUCCUCCACUCCAGCUAUUGGGUGUGGAGAGUUCUCAAGUUGCUGAAAAGAUGAAUAACAGUGGUUCUAGAAAUUGGCAAUCCCAUAUCUCUAAUGAGUUCCCUGUUUCUCGGAGGUCGUCAGAAACUGAGUCUUUUUCGCGGGGAAACGGAACCCGUAAAUUUAACAAUGGGCAGUUAGUUAAAUUAGCGCCAGGUCUGCCUCCUGUUAAUCUUCCACCAUCUGUUCGAGUAAUGUCUCAGUCGGCUUUCAAAAGCUAUCAUGUUGGAACAUGUCCGAGGGCUUUUGGUGGGGAUGCUUCUACCGGUGAUGGUGUAAGAGACAAUGCAGUCCCAAAAACUGCAAAUGCUGCAAAACCAUGUACUAAUUAUUUUGUGAAAGAUGGACCAUUAAGCAGUAGUGCCGGGAGGAACAAUAUAAGUAAUCAGAAUCUACAGGAAACCAGAUUGUCUAAGGACAAUAAGAAUGUUACAGAAGAAAAGGAUGAGUCAGGUCUAAGGAUGCAUCCUUUGCUCUUCCGGGCCCCUGAAGAUGGUCCUUUUCCACAUUAUCAGUCUAACUCUAGUUUUAGUACAUCCAGUUCGUUCAAUUUCUUUUCAGGUUGUCAGCCUAAUCUUAGCCUCUUUCAUCAUCCACACCAAUCAGCCCAUACUGUUAACUUUCUUGACAAGUCUUCUAAUCCUGGGGAUAAAACUUCAAUGUCAUCUGGUUUUGACUUCCAUCCGCUUCUGCAAAGAAUUGAUGAUGCAAAUUGUGACUUGGAAGUUGCAUCUACUGUUACACGACCCUCUUGUACAUCAGAAACAUCAAGAGGAUGGUGCACUCAAGUUCAGAAUGCUGUUGAUAGUAGUUCAAAUGUUGCAUGUGCUAUACCCUCUAGCCCUAUGGGAAAAAGCAAUGAGCUUGACUUGGAGAUGCACUUGAGUUUCACGUGCAGUAAACAGAAAGCCAUUGGAAGCAGAGGGGUGGCUGACCGUUUCAUGGAAAGGUCACCAACUAGUGCUUCUAGAGAUCAAAAUCCUCUAAACAAUGGAACUCCAAAUAGAACCACCCAGCAUAGUGAUUCAGGUGCCACUGCAAGGAUUUUGUCCAGCGAUGAAGAAACUGGAAAUGGCGUUGAUGAUUUGGAAGACCAGUCUCUUAUAGAAAUUGUGAUGGAGCAGGAAGAGCUAAGUGACUCAGAGGAAGAAAUAGGAGAGAGUGUAGAGUUUGAGUGUGAGGAGAUGGAGGAUUCAGAAGGAGAGGAAAUAUUUGAAUCUGAGGAGAUAACCAAUGAUGAAAAUGAGGAGAUGGAUAAAGUUGCAUUGGAAGACUCUUAUGUUCAACAUGUACCUUAUACACAUGGUAAUUCAAAAGGAAAUUCUUGUAGCAUUACUGAAAGCCAUGCUACUAGGUUUGACAAAGCAACGGAUGACCAGCCCAGUUCUCUAUACUUGAAUUCGAAUCCACCUAGGACUGUUUCUUCCCAAGUCAAGUCAAAGUCUAGACAUUCCAGUAAUUCUGCUGGCAAACCCCAAGAUCCUACUUGUUCCAAGAGGUCUAGAAAGAAAACAAAGCGGGACAGAGAUCACCCUACGGUACCGAAGUGUGCUUCUGACAUGCCUGAACAGGCGAACCAAUCUUCUGUUGCCUCUUCACCCAGGAAUUCCAGGAAACGUGCACGUGGAACAGAUUCAAGGAAAACAGACACAAGCGUGAUUGCCGAUACGAAUGAGGAAAGUCCAAACAGUACUAAGAAAGAUGAAGUAGGUUGAUUUUACUCUAAUGAUGGGAAACAAAACUUGGCUGAUUUAGCUUUUGUAGCCUCAUAUGACAUAUUAGGGCUGGGAGGGUAGUUUGCCCCAUUUUUGAAAGUUCUCUUGCUGUUCUGGUAAAGUUCAAGCUCUGCAAGUGCAGCUGUAAUAUUCUAUUCUAGAAAAAGGAAAAUGAAAUGUAUUAUGUAUAUAACAUUAAUUCUUAACUUAUUGUUGAAUUCAACAAAUGAAGUUGAAUCAAAAUCCUCAAAACAAAAUCAAAAAUAUGUUUUCUGAUGGGAA